AUGUUUCGUCAAACUGUUAUUAGAUCAAUUAGACCAGCAAUUGCUUACAGACCACAGGUUUCCAUCUCGAGAAACUAUGGGAUAGUCGAUGCCGCUACCCAAGCUGUCUUUGGCAAGAAGGGAUUGGAGGAAAAGAAGCGCAAGGAAGGUGAGCUAGAAAACCAAGCUCAAGAAGCCAACUUAGAUGGUGGUAGAAAGAUUGCCACCAAAUUGGACGAGGCACAAGACGCAGCUCAAAAUGCUAAAUCAAAUAUUGAAGAUGCCAAAGAUGGUGCUCAAUCUACGAUUCAAAAUGCUACUGAAAAGGUCAAGGGGGCUGCUGAAACUGUCAACAAGAAAACGGGAAAGGUUUUAGCUGAUGGAAUUGAAACUGCUCAGCAGUCAGUUAACCCUAGUGAUCUCGCUGAAAAAGCUAAAUCUGCCGCUGAUACUUUAAACAAAAAAACAGGUCAAGUCUUGGCGGAUGGAGUUGAAGCUGGUGAAAAAAUUGUGGGUGGAACAAAGGAAGCUGCUGAUACAGCCAACAAAAAGACUGGUCAAGUACUUGCUGAUGGUGUUGAAAAGGGCGAAGAAUUGGCCAACAAAACCAAGGAAACCGUUGAUAAUGUAACUGAAAAUGCCGACAAAAACCACGCUAAGAGAGAGGUUAAGGAAAAGACCAAAGGUUACGAAAACUUACAGGAUAAGGGAAGCAAUGUUGAACGCGAACAACAACGUCCAGAUGAUGGUGUCUGA